CAUCAAACCACCUCACUCCUUCCUUCCCCUCCGCCUCCUCACUUCAGACUAUACCGCUUAGCUGAAGGAGGGGAAGCAAAAUUAAAAUUUUAAAUAAAUAUAUAAUAAAAUGUGCCCUACGAAGCAGAAGCACCGGCCCUUCGCAUUCGAAACGGCCGGAAAAUGCUCCAGAUCUACCUCCACACCAUCUUUAAAGAUCCCCGAUUGGAUCUCCGAGUCUAUCAAUGGCGGAUCCUUGCGGUGCGUCGAUCUCCACACCGGCACCAAUGGCUGGGCCUCGCCUCCGGGAGAGAUGUUCUCUCUUCGCUCCAAAAAUUACUUCACUAAACGGCAGAAGUCUCCGUCCGGAGAGCACCUACUCGCUCCCGUUGGCAUGGAUUGGAUCAGGUCGAAUGGAAAACUAGACAAUGUACUCGGUCGAGCUGAUAAUCGCGUGGCUCAAGCCCUUAGAAAGGCGCAGUCGGACGGAAAGUCUCUGAAAAGCUUUGUAUUCGCCGUUAAUCUUCAGAUUCCGGGGAAAGACUACCAUAGCGCCGUGUUUUAUUACGCUGCGGAAGAUCCUAUUCCGUCCGGUUCGUUGCUUCACCGAUUUAUCAACGGCGACGACGCGUUUAGGAAUCAUCGGUUCAAGAUCGUUAACAGGAUCGUGAAAGGACCGUGGGUCGUGAAGAAAGCCGUUGGGAGUUACAGUGCGUGUUUGUUAGGCAAAGCUUUGACGUGUAAUUAUCACAUAGGAGCCAAUUAUCUCGAAAUCGAUGUCGAUAUUGCUAGCUCGGCGAUCGCCACAGCGAUUUUGCACCUCGCAUUGGGAUACGUAACCAGCGUAACCGUCGAUUUGGGCUUUUUGGUGGAGGCGCAAGCCGAGGAUGAGUUGCCAGAGAGGUUAAUCGGUGCGGUUAGGGUUUGUCAGAUCGAUAUGUCAUCCGCGACGAUCGUUGAGAUGCCGACGACGCAUCCGCCGCAGUCGGCUGCUGCUCGCGGGAUGGGAGCUAAGGUUAAUCAAUAAAAUACCAUGAGUUUGGAGACGAUGAGGAGAACUAAUGAUCGAGGUUAAUUCAUUUUUUCUUUAAUCUUAUUCUUUUCCUAUGUGACAACGUUAAUGUGAAUUUGUGUCCCUUUUCCCAUUGGGAUUGAUGGGUGUAGAUAAUAAAGUGAUAACAAAUUACUCCAAUUCAAUUUUUUCUCAAUUUCUUCAAACUUUCGUUUCAUUCUUUCUUGGAUUUUCGCAGAAUUGAAUUUCAUUUU